AUGCAAGCCUGGAAAGAGGAUCUCAAUUGCAAAAUACUGACUGCAGUAAGUACCGGUAUGAAUACUUCCUCCUUUUUGCUCAAUGGAUUUUCUGGCUUUGAGCAACAAUAUCCAUGGCUUUCUAUACCUUUCACCUCCAUCUAUGCCAUAGUACUUACAGGAAAUUGCAUGGUCCUUCAUGUGAUCUGGACUGAGCCAAGCCUACAUCAGCCCAUGUUUUACUUCUUGGCUAUGCUGGCCCUUACAGAUUUAUUCAUUGGCAUUUCCACAGUGCACACAGUACUGGGGAUCUUGUGGGGGCUUAUCCAAGAGAUUAGUUUGGAUUCUUGCAUUGCUCAGUCCUUUUUCAUCCAUGGUCUGUCCUACAUGGAGUCCUCUGUUCUCCUUGCUAUGGCCUUUGAUCGCUAUAUUGCCAUUUGCAACCCACUGCGUUAUUCAUCUAUCCUGACUAAUUCCAGGAUUAUUAAAAUUGGAUUCACCAUUCUAGGUAGGAGUUUCUUGUUCAUUAUACCCGUCAUCAUCCGUCUGAGGUUCUUCCACUAUUGCCGACCGCACAUCCUCUCUCACUCUUUCUGUUUGCACCAGGACCUUUUACGCAUAGCCUGCUCAGACACCAAAUUCAAUAAUUACUAUGCCCUGACAUUGGUCAUCUGCACACUAUUGCUGGAUGCUAUACUAAUUCUCAUCUCCUACAUUCUGAUUCUUAAGUCAGUUCUUGCAAUUGCCUCCCCGGAGGAGCGGCAUAAGUCUUUUCAGACCUCCGUCUCCCAUAUCUGCGCAGUCCUUGUGUUCUACAUUCCUGUCAUCGGACUAACAAUGGUGCACCGUUUUGGCAAGCAUCUCUCCCCCAUUGUUCCUGUGCUUAUGGGCAAUGUCUACAUUCUUUUUCCACCUCUGAUGAACCCUAUUAUCUACAGUGUGAAGACUCAACAGAUUCGUAGAAGGAUUCUCAGGCUAUUUUCACUGAAAAGGUAA